AUGUCAAGCCUUUUAGACAACAAAUAUCAGGAGCUUUUUAACUCCUCGAACGUCUUGUCUCCGGACGUUCUCUUUCUUCUGAAGAAAUUUCAGAAGUCGAACGAGACAACACUAACAAGAACACUUGACGAACUCAAAAAUCUCUUGUUAGACCCUUCCUUCUUGCCAACAACAAAAGAACAACAAGCGUUCAGUUUACAUUGGUCUAACCUUUUCACAACACUUUCGACUCAUAAAUCGUCGAACGUUCGUCUGUCGCUCUUCUUGUGCAUCUCCGAUGGGUUCUUUGCUUCUCCACAAGGCAAAAACAUUCUAGGGUUUUCAGUGAAUGACACGAUCUCUUGGUGGGUCUUAGAGUGUAGUGAUUCUGUCAAAGAAGUUGCUACAGCGGCACGGAAUGCGUUAGACAAAUUUUCGAUUGAAGGGAGACAGAGAAUAGUGACGCAAAACACAACAAAAAUAUUGCGUCUCAUAACCGUCGAGGAGUAUGAUGUCGUCUCUCGAAUUGGGUGUUUGUCGACUUUACUCCCCAAUUUGGAUGUCGAGAAGCUCUCCGAAUUUUCAUUGGAGAACUUGAAGAGAGCAAUUGAAAUAUUAAUCAAUUCGCACGGGUCUGUUCCCGAUGAAAUUUACUUUAGUUCCGUGACCGCAGCACUCAACCCGUGCAAAGAUGAAGUCCUGAAGAAGAAAGAUGUUCUCAUCACCAUAGUGAGUAAGUCACUUGAAGAGAUUCAAUCGUUUUCAAAGUCAUCAAAACAGUUAAUAGAAUGCAUUGUCACGUUAUUGGAGUGCGGCGUUGACCUCCCCAACACAUUAAAGAAAUCUUUGAUUGGGUAUAUCUCAACGGCUUGUCUUGGAACUCUUCACGUGUUUCCUGUGCUCAAGAGACUUCUUCCAUUCAUGAAGAAGACUUCUGAAGAGUAUAUAGAAGCAGUCGAAAAGGGGUGCUUUGAUAACAGAAUAAGAGGAGCGCAACGAGCCGUUGUUAUCGUGCAUUUGUUUGAUGCCUUUUCUGCGUUUCAGUGCGAGAAAAUCCAAGUCUUGUUGAGACUUGAAAAGAAUCUUUUGGACGACCCACAAGCAACUUUGUGCGAAAGUGGGUAUUCUGCACUGGGAGUCUUUUUGAAUAAACUGAAUGAAACACAAGAGAUCCAAGGAGUAUUAAGUAACGUGGUCACCAUGAUACGGCAUUGCGAGGAAAAGGAAUAUGAGACACGAAUAAAGAAUCUGGAAUUUAUAGUGCAAAAUAGUGUGAGAAAUGAGUUCACACAAGGGUUCUCAAAUGACCUUUUGAGAACGAUGAUUGAGAAGAAUAGUGAAGAUGCCCAAUUCAAUCUCCCCGAGAUUGAAUUAUUUAAAAUCAUUUUGAAGGUCUUUCCAGCUACAGAAGACGUUUUUGAGAUGAUAACAAGACAAUUCCAACACAUUUUCAUGUUCAUCGUCGAACAAAACGUCAAUGAGAUUGAUCUCAUUUUGGAUACCGUUGAGAUCGAUGACCAAUUUUUACCAUACGUCAAACAUAUGGAAGAAAUUUUAGUUUUGGCGUUGAGGUAUAUGCCCUCGUGUGACGUUUCACACCUCUUGAAAAAAUGCUUCUUCUCUCUUUUCCCCGAAAAUUUUGGAACAAAUCAUUUGAUUUACUUGGAUGAGAUGUUCACUUUACUUAAAACCGAAAAAGUCACACAAACAAUCGUUUUGGAUAUCGAGAGUGUGAUUCCCAUUUUACUCAGAAAUUUUAGAGAGUCGAAGAGUGUAUUAGAUCAUAUUAUUCAAGAACCAUGUUUGCUCACUCCUUUGCAAUUAGAUAACGUGAUUUCAACGGCUACUCUUGACCACAUCCAAAUUUUCUUCACACAAAGUUUUGUCGACUUUGUUAUGAAACACAACGAUUACUCUCUUAGUAUUUUUACUAAAGUAUUAACUAUUGCCACAAAUCCUAUCAUUUUCAAUUUGACGUACCAAAAUCUCAGAAACAAUUUGACUUUAUUACUCCCAAAAAUCAUUGCAAUUGUUGGCGAAAAUCAGGUCGAAACGAUGAUUGAAAAAUUGAUGGAAGUCAACACAUCAAAUGUUUUCAUCUUGUCUAUCUGCGCUCAGAUUGAAGAAGUCAAACAACACUGCAUUAAAGUGUGCAAAAAACUUGAAAAAUCAAAAUGGGAUGUGGAGAAGAUAAGACAAUGCGCUGCAUUUAUUCAAUCACCACUGCUUAUCCCACAACCAGAAGUGUUCAAUGAAACAUCAAGACCACAAUACAACCACAUUAUAUCACUUGUGGUAUCGCUCUUCGAACUUUGUGAACACCCACUCAGUGACGAACAAUACAUGCAAUUCUAUUUGUUGGACGUGUACCAGAAACUCACCUUCUCAAAUGUCAUUGCACCACCUAAAGCAUCACAGCUCGAAACUAUUAAAUUCUUCUUGGGACAGUCUCAACUCGAACAAUUCAUCUUGUUCCACGGUAUCAAUAUCAUGUCAAAGUGGUUCAACCAGUCACAAGAAGCUAUUGAUUACAUUGCGCAGACCUUUGACAAGUCUGAUGACUACACAAGCCGGUUCUUCUUCUCGUCUUACUUGUCUACUUUGCAUGUGGAGUGGCUUGAAAAGAAAAUUACAAGCACGAUAAAGAAAUUCUUCAUGGCGAAUGUAAAGCCAGACGGCGUUGGGUUGAAGGAACUCUCUGUUAUAUACCCACUUGUUCAAUUCCCGUCACACCUUUCGGUGCUCUUUAAAUAUAUUUUCAAUGUAAGUAUCACACAAGAGUUGUACCUCCCGUUCUUGCAAAUUUUGAAAUACUGUUUCUCGUCUUCAUGCACACUGUGCUAUGAGACAAUCCAAGACAUUGACACGUUGAGUGGAGUGUAUCAAUUUUUGAUUGAAAUUUUGGAGAAAGAGACUGGGAUGAUGAUACGUAGCGCAUUGCAGAUAUCACAGAUUUUGAUCACACACAACUUCCCAAGUAAAUUGAACACUUCAGAGACCGAAGCCAUUCAGUUGAGCUUUAAGAUGUCUUUGAUUGAGUACAUCACUGAGAGGAUUUUGAAGCGAGAGAACGUGCAGCUUUUGUCGGAAAUACUUCUCCAAACAGACUUGUUAAGUGAAAUUGACUUCUUAGGGACAACACUCCCAGAAAAGGUUGAGCAGCUUCUUGAGGUUGUAAAAACCGAGAACGAGACCAUCUCAACGAAAAUGUGCUGUGGGUACCUUCUUGGUGCAGCGAUGGAGUUUAAAGCAGAAGAAGCGUAUAUUGAUAUGGACGAUGUUGAAAAGAUGAACUACAAGCCAAUGAACGAGAAAAUGGAGAAGUACAUGGUCGAUGGGUUUGGGCGCUUCAAAAACAAAAAGCCGUAUGAGAAGGUUGGAAUCAUUUUGUUUGUUCUUGGCAUGAUGCGGAGAAUUAAGGACACGUCUGUCGAGUCUCGUCCAUGGGUUGUUGCAUAUUUGCAGUUACACAAAUUUGAAGUCUUCCUUAGUGGGUUGUACUGUUUGCUCACGGACGAGCCAACAUCAAAGUCACUUGGAGAGGUGUUGGGUAAAAUCCAAACAGAAAGUGAAGAAGAGAGUAUUGGAAGUCUUGGAAUGUACUGUAUGUUUACGGUUGUGGAGACGUUGCCGAAUUUGGUGAGACAGUGGUGUUUGUCUUUGAAGAGGAAUGCGCCGAAGAUGGUCAAAAAGUUCUUCGGCAAGAACAUCUGCCCAGCGGUUUUAGAAGAAGAGGUCCAAAAGAUUUUGAGUUGGAAAGAGGAUGAAAACUUCAUGUUGAAGAUGCAGCUCGAUGGAAAGGCGGUUACCGUCAAAUACAGAAACGACGAUUUGACGUUCGAGUCACAAUUAAUCUUCCCAGACACCUAUCCGCUUGACAUUGUCUCGGUCAAUGUCAACACAAAUGCAGUUGGUGUUGGACAAGCGAAAGCACAUUUAUACAAGCGCAUGUUGACAUUGAAUUUGAUGACAAGAGACGUUGGAAUCGUUGGAGCGUGUUUGUUGUGGAAGAACCAACUUGACCGACAGUUUGAUAGCUCUGAUGCAUGCCCGAUCUGUUACUCGAUUUUCUAUUUGCACACAACAACAAUUCCAAAUGUUGCGUGUAAGUGUUGUAGAAGGAAAUUCCACAAGCAGUGCAUUUUCACGUGGUUCAGGUCGACGGGAAGAAACGAUUGUCCACUCUGCACACGAAACUUUUACGGUGAAAGUACACCAACAAGUAACACUGCUAAUCAGAAAUGA